AUGGAUAAUCUAAAGCAGUAUUGGAACUCAUGGUGGUAUGAAAACGAUGGCAGAAAGUACGAAGACUACCCUAUAAAGAGGAACCGAUACCAGCCAACUAAAUUACCCGAAAGGUACAGAGUGCAGAAGCCCAAAACUUCGCUUCGCUCGGUGAGAGUUCAGCCGGAGAGAAAACGGGAGCGGGAACGUGAACGUGAACGUGAACCAGAGGUUAAAGAAUACAGAAUACCCAAAACAAACGUAAAUGUCCGUUCAACUUGGGAAAAGGUCAAAUCCCUAUUUGAGACUGACAAGCGUGAUUUGAAGCAGAUGAAGCAAGCCUACGUAGAUUACAAAUUACCAUCAACAGAGGCCAACGCAACCCAAGAGGCAAUCAAUAACGUAAUAGCGAAUGAACGUUUUAAGAAGAAGCUCCUGGAAAGACGUUACGAGAAGCAUAUGCUGGAUGAAUUAAGACGCGGGAGGAGAAUGCACAAGAGAGGCAGGUCGUCAGGAAGAGGUGUGGCUGAUGAUGCACCUCUGUACGAAAGGACCAUUAACCAUGCGGACGAAGUUAUUCUACUGAGGAAGAAGAUCGACGAGUUGGAACAAAGGCUCUCGGACACGAUAGAGGAGCUAGUGAUCACCAAGAAAAAGCUUGAAUUUUCACAGGAAAAGAACGCACUUCUCGAAGAAUUGUUCGAUGAUGGGAACAUGGAAACUGAGUAUGUGAAAUCAAGACGACACAUGGCGAAUUUACAAAACAGCUCGAGGAAACCGGAAUUAAAGCAAUUACCGCGUUCGCCGUCGCCAGUGUUACAUGUGAAUCCGAUGUUCACGUCGAGCCCCAUACGCGCCACCACGACUACGGCAACAGAAGGCCAACAGGAUAAUUUUUACGAAAAGUACCCUCGAAUUCCGGAGACGGAGAAUUUAGCGAAUUACCGCUCCCCAACUCCAGCCAACGGAAACGACCAUAACGACACCUCGCUUUCCCCGGUAAGAGUAGACUACUCCAAGUACAGCAAUGGUUUGUAA